UGCGCUCAUAAUUUGCUCCGAAUCGCCUAACUUGGAAUAUAAUAUGACUUGUAUUAUUUAAUAAUCUUUAAAAAUGGAACGGGCUUGAAAGAGUCUGGGCCGGUUCAGGCCCAUAAUCAGGCCCAGUUCUCGCUCUCCCCGUCGAGAGAGUCGCGCCGCUUCUUCAACUUUCGGCCGCCGUCGAGCUUCGCGACCACCCGACCACGUUACGAUUUCUUGAGUGAAAUCGACCACCAACGACUUCCGUGCUCGAUCACCUCCUGUUGGGCUGGUGAAGGAAGAUAGCCGGGAAGAACGAUGAGCGGCGAGGCUGAUGCGUGGCGAAUCAUCCACGUUCCUGGCAGGUCACCGGUUCCUCCUGAUCAGCAACUCACAGUGAAUGUUGUCGCCGCUCAGAUUGAGCAGCCGAAGCUCACGAGCACUAUCAUAAGGCGUUUGAGUCAAAUUGCGCCAUUGGAGGACCUACAUCACGUGAAGCGGGUGAAGAAGCAGUGUCUCGAAGGAGCAAAAGUUCAGCUAUCAGUGAUCUUAUGUCCGGCUCCUGAAAAUGGCGAUUUUGAUGGAAUUCCAUGCGACGUGAAGGAUGUAAUUACUUCUUAUCAGUUGAGUCCUUUUGUGGCAAAAGUAUGCAAAUAUGCUGCAUCGUCAAAGGAAGAGUGGGUAGAACAGUGCAAGCUAUGGCCCACCUCAUUCCAUCCGCCAACCUACAAUAUCAGUGGCAUAACUGGGUUUAGUGAAGAAGACUCGCGAUCAGUUGUAAGUUUUAUGAAGUAUGCUCUGGAAUUGGCGAAAUCUAAUGGUAGUGUGGUGGUCAAUGCUGCAGCAAUUGUAGAUCCUCUAUCUAAUCAAGUGAUUGCAAGGGCAUGUGAUGAAGUCUGCUCUUGGCAUACUCCAAAAAAAGAAGUUGGUACUGAUUCCACCAAAUCUUCUGCUGACAUGACUCGAUGGAUAGAACAUGAAUUAUGUCUUCAAUGCUGUUCCUCAGGUGGACCAGAGCAAGUUGAGACAUCCAUUUCUUGUCUACAUCCUCGGGGGUGGGUAGAUGAACAGACUCGUGGGAGCUCUUUAUUUUGGCACCCAUUGCGACAUGCUGCUAUAGUGGCCAUUGAAUCAUCUGCUGCCAGGGACAGACGCUUAUUCCCCGGUGUGAGACAUGAAGAUGAAGCUACCAAAGAGGAGUGUAUUCUAUCUUCUGCAAAGUCUCAAGCAAAAAGACGGAAAACUGAAGGCACUGACGUUGGCAAUGAUGACAAAAAUGAUGAUGCUCAUGGAAAAGGUGAUCUCUGUAGUAGGCCGUAUUUAUGCACUGGCAAUGACAUCUACCUUGUUUGGGAGCCAUGCACAAUGUGUGCGAUGGCACUUGUGCAUCAGAGAAUCAGGCGUGUGUUUUACGCAUUUCCAAAUCCGAGUGCGGGAGCGUUGGGCAGCGUUCACCGGCUACAGGGGGAAAAAAGCUUGAAUCAUCACUACGCAGUGUUCAGGGUUGUGGGGCCACAGGAUAUCCUCAACAAAGCCAAAACAUCGAUAUCUGGGAGCUGAAGAUGAGAAUGUUGACUUGAGGAUGCCUCAAAUUUUGCAGGAAGAAGAUAGUAGGUAGAUUGUACCGUGUUGCUUAUCAUCUUGGUCAUCAGAUUUUGAACCUUUUUUUUUUCCUGUACCUUGUUCGAGUUAUGUAUUGCAUUUAGAUGUCCCUAUUUAAGUUAUAGAUAUUCCACAGUUAAUUACGAUGUUGGCCAAGUGCUGUAUUCUUAUCAAUACUGGAAUAAAAUAUACAAAGCAAGGAAGUAGAGUGAUGGUAUUGGUUGGGA